UUAUCUACAGAAGCGAAAUGAAGGUCCAGAUCUGCCUCCUUGUCCUGGUAGCCUUCGUGGCUCAUUGUUCCGCCUUUUAUGGUAGGCAACCAGUGAGGACAACCAUAGACCCAUGGCCCCAAGAAGGGACCAUGACACGCCGGACCACCACCAGAAGAACAACAACAACGACCAUCCCGACAACCACCACUCCGGAAGUGCCCAGUGGCCGCGAGCUCUGUGCCGAUCUCAGUGCCAACGGUGACUGCUCGUUCUAUUUGUGCUUUUUCAACACCCAGCAAGUCUGCAAAGUGGGUGACUCUCCAGCAUUCGAAGUCCUCGCAUCUGUGUGUAUUGAAUCCGAGGACGUCCAGGACCAGAACCAGUUUGAUUACAGGGGUAACAGUUAUAUCCUUAACUACCGGAAAUGCACCCAGAAGCGUCUCCUCGAGGCUGUAAACAGCCGCAGGUGCUCUCAGAUUAACGAUAAGGCUGAGGAGAUCCUUCUCACUGACGACAUCAUCUGGGACUGUUUGUACCAGAACCAUACUCUCUGUGACGUCAUCGAGAACAGCGACAACUCUGCUGGCCUCGCCGCCAUCUUCCGGAAUAUCAUGUCUUACGAGGAAUACAACAUGAAGAUCUUUCAACACCUGCUUCGUCGUGUCAACAGCCAAUGUGGCAGCGAUGCCGGCCGCAAGUUCGCCGACGACUUCGGCCAAACAUACCUCAGUAACAUGCAAAGCAUGAUGCCUGGUAUGAUGGGAGGUAAUGGCGGCGACCGGAAGUAGCUACGUCACUUCCGGUACGUGACGAUAACACUUAUUCAGAGAAAUAAAUGGUGUUUAAGGUA